AUGAUGACCUCCACAACAACCGGAAGAAAUUUUAUCGCCGAGUGUUCUCGCGUAUCCUGUCCGCGACAAAAGGAUGUGGAUGACGAGAUAAAAUUGUGGCGAGAAGCUAACGACGGAAUGUUCUGGCUGCACAAAAUAAGUGAAAGCUUUAAACUGGACCGAAUACAACAAGUGGCUCAAGGAAGCAUCAUACAUAUCAUGGAACAUAAAACCGAAGCUAAGCCCCCUGUUUAUGCUGAGGAGGAUGAGGAUUUUGAAGAACACGAAAAAAUCGAACGAUUCGAAUGGGAGAUACUUCGCAAGGUGGAUACAGCUUCAACGUUAGUGGCCGAAAGAAAAUUGAUGCACCGAUCUUUCAUUGAGUUCUGCAAAUGA